GUCAGCACCAUGUGGGCCACCGCCUGGUGCAAGGAAAGGAUACACUCCACCACCGCCGCCCGAUCCGAAGCGCAAGGCCGCGCCCGCUCCUGGCUUCGCAGGCGCCAAUGCCUACGCCUACCCGCGCUUCCACUUCCAGCACGACGUUCCGAGUGGUGGUGCCACGUUCGGAGCAAUCCCACAGGAGGAAGAUCCUCCAGGAUCUGAGCACUACCGGACGCUGGGGUUGCGCCCUGGGGCGGCAGCACCGGAGGCACGGACUCCACCUCCGUGGUGGAGCCUGAAAAGCCCAUGCCUGGAACGGAUAUUGAGGUCAAAGAAGGAUCGCCGAGACUUUUCGGAGUUUAACAUGGCAGUUAUGUAA